CUAAAGGAUAAGACGUCCAGUGCAUUCGUAUCUAGCGAUGCAACGAUGUUCGAAUCCCGCGGGCGGGUACCAAUUUUUCUAAUGAAAUACGCACUUAACAAAGUUCACGAUUGACUUCCACGGUUACUAACACUGCCUGAAAUAUAAGAUUUCAGUCUCAAAUGUAUUAUAGUAUAACGGUUGUACCAUUUAAACCGGAACGUAUGACUAUUUCGCGGCAUAAAUAGACAGGAUGAUGGUACUUUUACUUUACUUUGGUAUUCGAGUGGGCUUACAAUAUGCCCACCGGUAAGAUAAUUAAAUACAAUAACAUCACACUCCUUUAGAUAAAUAUUAUAAUUCGUGAAAAACUAAAAUAAAAUGUUUCACUUAAUUAAUUUCAAUGCUUUGAUUGUUUACGAUUUAGAUAAUGGUCUUGUCAAUUUCGAUUUUUUGCUUAUCAGUGAGUGCCGUUGAACGUUGAUAUCGUUGAUAACAUCAGGCGUGCUUGAAAAGUAUUUAUGUUUGAAAUUCUCAGUACUCGAUCGCUUCAUGUUUUAUCAUAUCAGUUAGAGGUCUUAUGAAUCGACUUCUUUGGCAAAAAUAUCAUAGUUUUUGUAAACAUUACGGAAUCAAGACGUUUCUUAUUGUUAUUAUUAUUUUACUCUUAAAAUAUAAUAUUUUCUUAAAAAACAAGAAAGGUUGUUGUACGUGUCUAGACAGUGUAUUCGCGGCCAUCACAACGGCGUUACAGCCUCUGAAGCGAUUAAAUUCAAGUCGGUCGGAAAAUUCGGCAAUCGGCAUCACUUCUACGCAAGCAUUGCUCCAAUUCGCACGUCCAUAUCCCCCACAAAAUAAAAAAUAAACAAUGGUGGAUACGGUGAGCGACACUCACCAUACGCUGUGAAUAAUUUCGUAAAUUGUUUUAAUGACUGUGAUUUAAGUUUAUUGAAAAAUGACGUGGCAUUUGUUCUUUAUUUGCGUAUUUUUGUAUUAUACAAGUGUCAGUGCUGAAUCCUAUGAAAAAGUGGUUGCAUUUAGGAAGUGUUGUAUUGAGAAUCAAAGUUUAGUUAGAUCAUUUGAAGUCAACAAGACUGAAAGUUUUGUAUGCCUAGACCGGUCCACUAUUGAAGAUAAUUAUAAUAUUUCUGCAUCUCCACUCCUGAUAGGUGAGAAUGUUAAUACUGUAUAUGGCACCCCGGUGUGUGACCAGAUGGAAUUGUCUCAAGUGACUGCUACUGAAUUCGAUUCUGAUCAAGACCAUCGUUGCUAUGACAGACUGAUAAUAGAAACGAUAAACGGCACGAUUAAACAGAACAUACCGAAAAUUGUUGCUUUAACUUGCGCGAAUUUUAAAAAUAAUACGAAGAAUCUCAUGAAAUCAAAGCUAACGAUAGAUCGCAUCAAGAAAUGUUGUCCAAAAGGUCAAAGCUACGAUCCAAAAUAUCAUUUUUGUAGGCUCAGCGACUCGGAAAAUAAUGAACAGGCGCUAAUAAAAAGAUUAAAUUUGAGUUCAGAUCAUAUUUAUGAAGUUGAGAACGAGUUACAUUGUAAAGCUGUUGAAACCGGUAUUGAAUUGAGUGAAGAGAAAUUUUCGUUAGUAGUAGAAGGAAGUAACUUAAUUGUGACCAGAAAAUUUUCAGAAAAGAGUCAUAUUGCACACCCCGGAGAAUGGUGCAUAGAUCGCAUGUUCCCCGGGGAAAGUCUCAUUGCUCGAAUGUGCACAAACAGCUGUUCUGAUUUUGAUGCGUUUUGUGUGAAGAAGUGUUGUCCUGUGGGACAGCAUUAUAAAACGUUGCGAUGCGGAAGUUUUGUCAGUAGAUGUGUGCCGAAUAAGGAUAGCGUGGCGUUUAAUAUUUCGAAUUAUUUGGACGAAUUAAAGGCUAAUUAUGAUGAUAUCCCGGAUGUGCUUGGGAUCCGUUCAGACUUGCUGUGCUCCGCUGGAAGAGUGGCACUAAACAUAAGUGCUGAUUAUGACAAACACGAAUUGACUCGAGAUGGAUAUCUUCGGUCUGCUAUAAGCGAUCAUGGUGAUUACUGUUUUGAGACAUUCGAUAGUAGACAGUGUCCUGGUGGUGAUUUGACCGUUACCGCAGUCACAUGUUUCGUCAAACCGCAGAUGAAAAAUUUCCAAGUAUCUUUUUUGCUUAUUAGCAUAUCGAGCGUAUGUCUGGCAUUGACGUUGUUGGUGUAUUGCGCUUUGCCAGAAUUGUGGAACCUACACGGUCGCACCUUAAUCUGCCACGUUAGUAUGAUGUUGCUGGCUUUCACCUGCCUCGCAAGGGUUCAGUAUAAAGAAGUUGCUGAUAAUAAACUCUGUACAUUGCUGGGGUACGGGAUCUACUUUGGAUUCGUAGCGGCAUUUGCUUGGCUUAACGUCAUGUGCCUCGACAUCUGGUGGACAUUUGGGAGUGUGAGAAUGGUGCAACCUUUGAGGAAGUCAGGAGCCGAGUGGCGAAGAUUUCUCUGGUAUUCGUUGAAUGCGUGGGGUUUUGCGAGCAUCCUGACCCUUGUAAUGUUUAUUCUCGACGAGUAUCCUAUUGCAAUAGAACUUGACGCCAACAUCGGCAGCGGCAUGUGUUGGUUUGGCUCACUACAAAACGAGCGGUCAGAUUGGCCUCACUACAUUUUCUUCGUGAUUCCGAUGGGUCUUGUGACAUGUACGAAUUUCAUCCUGUGGGUGUUGACGGCGCGGCAUUGCGCUCGAGUCAAGUCCGAGGUCCAUCGGCUGCAGGCGGGCUCGGUUGGUGACCGCGCCAAGCGACGUUUCCGUAUUGACAGAGCUAAGUACCUUUUGACCGGAAAACUGUGGGUGGUGAUGGGAGCGGGAUGGAUAUCGGAGCUUCUUUCUACUAUCGCUUCAGAACCAAAGUGGCUUUGGACCAUCGUUGACCUUCUGAAUGAACUACAAGGAGUCUUCAUAUUCCUCAUACUAGUGUUCAAGCCUAAGCUGUACUACCUAAUCCGAAAGAGACUAGGUUGUUCACGGAUACCGAUAGACCCAAGGCUGGAGAAACCGGAUGCUCAGAAGAAUGGCGGUACGUCAUCUGGUCGUACAUCUUCCACCUUUCUGUCGAGGACCAUCAGCAAUGACGAGCGCGCCAAUCUCCGAGUUUCACAACUUAACACCAAGCAAGCUUAGCUUUGUACUUGAAUGAUGAAGCACUGCAUUUUAAUGAAAUCGGAUCGGAAAUUCACACAUUAUCAUCCUUAGUGUUAACUUUCAUGUUGUGAUGGAAAAAGAUUUUGUUAUUAAUUGAAUUUCACUUACGUGUAUAAAACUCACUUUAGACAGUACCAAUAUCGUUAAACAUCGUAAUAUUAUGCCUUAACAUUUCCCAUUUAUAAAAGUAGAUCGAAUAUUCAUCCCGUAAAACUAAUAAAAUUCAUUCCCUAAUGAUUCUUCAACAGAUUUUUGAAAGGUUUACUAGGUUUAGUUUAUAGAUUUUUGUAAUGGUAGCCAAUGGCGGAUCCAUGGGGGGGUCAUGGGGGUCAUGACCACCCCCUAAGCUGGUUCCAGGACUUAGAUGGACCACUGAUUGAAUAUACCUAAUGAUUUUAUUUAUACAUAUAUUUUGUCACCAUACAGAUUUUAUGUAACUACAUACCUUCAAUGUUUAAUUAAUUUAAUAUAAUAUAAUAACUUUGUAUAAUGGCAAACAUUUGGGAACGAACGCAUCUAAAUUUGACUAUGUGACCCCCUCCUGGCGCCAAAGUUGGAUCCGCCCUUGAUGGUAGCAUUCUCUACGCGUUGAUUCUUGCUGAAUGAAAGUAUCUUUCAAUUACGAAGUUACAGGUUCAGAGUCCAAGCUUUUAUUAAAACCAGCACUCUGUGUUCGGUAUUCUUAGUGUCAACUGAACUUAGUGUGAACUUUGUUAAAUUGUAUAAUAUUUUUUGUCUUCAUUCUUAAGGGAAUAUUAUUUUAUUUGUCUUCUUUAGCGAUUGUGAAUACACCUUAAAUGUAUCGUAUCGUAUUAAAUGUAUCAUAUAUAUAUUAUUGCUUAGAUGGGUGGACGAGCUCACAGCCCAUCUGGUGUUAAGUGGUUACUGGAGCCCAUAGACAUCUACAACGUAAAUGCGCCACCCACCUUGAGAUAUAAGUUCGAAGUCUCAAGUAUAAUUACAACGGCUGCCCCACCCUUCAAACCGAAACGUAUUACUGCUUCACGGCAGAAAUAAGCAGGGUGGUGGUACCUACCCGCGCGGACUCUCAAGAUGUCCUACCACCAGUAAAAAAUAGACAUGACAAUUCCGUAUUUUCAAAUAUAUUAAGUAAUAAUUCUUUAUGUUAUACGUUUUUAGUCUAGUCAUUGUUUAAGUAUAAAUUUAAGCUAUCAGGUAAUCCAUAAGUUAAUUUUGUUUGACUGUUAUCUUUAUUAUAUCUCUUUAUAGUACUCUUGUGUUUAAUAUUUGAGUAAUCGUGAAUGCAAAUAAUAUCUUUAGCACGGUUAAUCAGGUAGGUAGUACUUACUAAUAUUAAUUAGUUUUGGAUUUAUCGUUUACAAUUAAUGUAUAUUUAUAAUAAUGAAAUUCACCCAUCGAAAUCCAACACGCCUAAAAUGUGUUAGUGUUGUAGAUGAUCCGUAAUUUAUCUUUAUUCAAUCUCUAUAAUCUUUAUUCAAUAAUAUCCUUGGAGGUACAUGAGGAAGGGUUGUUGCAUCGUAAUUUUCGUAUUCAAUUCUUAUAGUUAAAAUUUUAUUUGCAUUUGUAAAUUACUAUGUAUGUUUGAGUUUGAAACAAUUUAUUUGCUUAAACACGGGCUAUUUUUUCGUACCGAUAGACUACUGCUAUUAGAAUUUUUAAUAUGGCACAAAUAUAAUUAUCUUAUGAAUAAAAUUCAAAAUUCUUGGAAUUCUCGAACAAAGUAUAUUUUAUAAUAUCAUUGUAGUUUUGUUUUUGUUGAAACUUUUUUUAUUUAGAUUAAAUUAUGUAGUUAGUUGGUAUACGUUCAAUAUUUUAUCGUUUAUAAGAAAACUAGUUUGGGGUGUAUAUUUUCUUUAUAUGUACUAUUCCACAAAAAUCUAAUUGUAUUUCACGGUUUUAUACCAUGUCACGUUUCUCGCUAUAUUGUGAGCGGAGCGGUCUUUUGUUUUUCCGGGUAGGGUACUCGUAGUACGCGGUUGAUUUAAUGUUAUCAUCGUCGUUCAAGAAUAUUCUUAAUACCCGAUGCACCGGCCCACUGUGCAUUUAUCAUCAGCUCGACUGAUCACCCCGAAUCAGGGUAAUCACCAACUUUGAAAUUGAAGCUUCAACUAACUUUCUUAUAUUAUUGAUCCAUUAAUAGCGACCAAAUUUUAGUAAUAGUAAAAUAAUUAGUUAGCUAUUUGCAUGCCACCAUUUAAUCAUUUAAUUUGUGAAUUAAGAUAAUUAUAAGGUCUUUUUUGUUAAUACGUACCUGUUAUUUAGAUUAUGUACCUAUUGCUUAUCCACUGUUCUUUAAAUAUUAUAUUAUAUUACACAAUUAUGUCACAUUAAGAAAAUAAAGUGAAAAAAGAAAAUAAAAAGUUCCAUUCCA